AUGAGAUGGAGAAAUCAAAAUCAACAAGAUAUUCUCAUUCACAAUAUUCGAUGUUGGGGUUUAACAAAAGAUCAAUUCGGAUUUCAUUAUGUUUGUGAUGAGGAGAAGAAUAAAGUAAGAAGAUGGAAAAUUCGAGGAGAAAGACUUGACAAAGAAGGAAAAUUAGUGGCUGGAGGAAAUGGCGAAGGAAAUCAUCUGAAUCAAUUGAAGUAUCCCAAUGGAAUCAUUGUUGAUGAUAAAGGUCAAAUUUAUGUUGUAGAUUUAUUUUUGUGA